CUUUAUUGGUUUGACCCUCCACGCAUAAGUAUGGAUUUUAUCAUUCACCAGCACAGCGAUCUACCGCAGUAUUUAGCCAAGUCGCCCCUUGAUGCCUACGGCUGGCGGGUUCAAGUGUUUCCCAUGAUACCAGAUCCUUUGAAACAUGUUGAGGACAUGAGAAACUUACCACUGCGUGAUGAUGAUGUGGUCAUAGCAGCCUACCCAAAGUCAGGAACUCACUGGCUAUGGGAGGUAACUCAUAUGCUACUGCACAAAACGACAGUAUACGAACGACGAAUUAAAGAAUGCCUAAUGCUAGAAGCAACUCCAGAUCUUGACAUUUUCAAGGAAGAACCGUCUCCGAGAAUAUUUAACACUCAUGUUGUCAUGGACCAUUACCCACAAGAGAUAUUGACAAAAAAAAACUAAAAUUUGAUGAUCGAGUUGUGAACUAUAUUGGUUUGACCCUCUACGCAUAAGUAUGGAUUUUAUCAUUCACCAGCACAGCGAUCUACCGCAGUAUUUAGCCAAGUCGCCCCUUGAUGCCUACGGCUGGCGGGUUCAAGUGUUUCCCAUGAUACCAGAUCCUUUGAAACAUGUUGAGGACAUGAGAAACUUACCACUGCGUGAUGAUGAUGUGGUCAUAGCAGCCUACCCAAAGUCAGGAACUCACUGGCUAUGGGAGGUAACUCAUAUGCUACUGCACAAAACGACAGUAUACGAACGACGAAUUAAAGAAUUCCUAAUGCUAGAAGCAACUCCAGAUCUUGACAUUUUCAAGGAAGAACCGUCUCCGAGAAUAUUUAACACUCAUGUUGUCAUGGACCAUUACCCACAAGAGAUAUUGACAAAGAAAACUAAAAUCAUCCACGUCAUCAGAAAUCCUAAAGAUGUCUGGGUCUCCUUUUAUUACCAAAACAAAGGCCUCGAUCCAAACCUCACUCUUCAAAGCUUACUGGACGCAGUCGUAAAUGACCAACUGGUGUAUACCUCUCAAUUUGACUAUCUACGACAGAUGUCACAAUUUCAACAGGAACACCCUGACCACCCAGUACUACACAUCUACUACGAAGAAAUGAACAGGAAUCCGAAGCAGACCAUUCAACAACUGGCUACAUUUCUGGGCGUGGAAGACAAUGAAGAAUUCCUAGAAAAAGUCCAAGAGGCUUGUAAGUUUGACAAGAUGAAGAAAGUUGAAGAGGAUAACAAGAAGGAACUACCAGAGGCGCUGGCUAAAGUUGCUAAAGAAGUGAAUAUGAAGAUGGUGAUGUUUCGAAAAGGUAUAAUAGGGGACUGGAAGAAUGAACUGACCAAAGAACAAAUUGACCAACUGGAUACUUAUAUAGCCAAGGAGAUGGAAAAAGGCCUUGAAUUUAAGUUUAUUUAUGAAUAGCGACAACUUAUUAAUGCCUGACUACUUUAUGUGUAAAAAUAAUUCAACAAUGUAAACAGGCUUUAAGCCAUUAAAAAACAUUCUUAAUAUUUUUUAAUUAUUUUUUUUUUCUCAAUGCAAAGAUAUUUGCACUUAUUUUUUUGGGAAAUAAUUCAAUUUUAUCAUAAACAUAUAUUAUUUCUCUACAUUACACUUUAUUUUUAAACAAAGAAUUUUUAAAAAAUGUUAAUGUUAAUAGAAAAGUUCAGAAAAAUUAAUGGACAGUUUGGUACAAGUGUCAAAACUUUAAAAAAAGAAACUACAUAGAAACCCAGCAUGGUGUGAGGGUUGUCAUAUUUUUCUGAAAAUAAAAUACGCUAUAGGACUCUUCAGUUACACCACCAAAAUAAUAUAUUUAUUUCUCGUUAUGUAAGUAUUGGUGGCUUAACUCUUUUUCACAUCCAUUACUUUCCACAUUUUGAUUUCUUCUUCUUCUAGACAGCUUUUUGCUGUUGAGCUGUGAGCUCUUUUGCAACCUGUGCCUAGGAAAAAUAGUGUGCUGUUCUCUUCAGUUGUUAGGCACUGUUGUACAGGGUGCUGAUGUGUUGGGCUCUAGUGGUAUUAGGGUCUGCCUAAGGUGGCUUAGGAAGGGGCAUUUAAAAAGGAUAUGGUAACUUUUCUCCCCAUUUCGAUACUAUUAUUCAUUUUGCUCAUUUGUAUUUCAUUAUUCUGUUAUGAUUAAAAUUCAAUAAAACCUU